AAGUCGUUCGAAGCUUCUGGAUUUUACAGAUACACAGGAAGCCCACGUACAAGCUAAGCUACUUUGCAAGAGAUAUAUUUUCAGAAAUAAUGCCGUUUAUUAUUAUAACCCUUCAGGCGAUUAGUUGUUUUGUGCCAGCGUAUUAUGGAAUUACGAAUUUAUGCGGGGACUGAAAUCCCAGACAUUUCAAUGGCUUGUCAACACUCAAAAAAUGUUUUAUACCAUGCUGAAGUUUGCCUCAAAUUGUGAAGAGUAUAUGAAAGAGCCCAUUAUCAUGAUAAGCAACGAAAUUAACGACAACAUUUCAAGAUCUUCAGUGAUGUUUGAUAAACAAGAGCAUGAACCAGGCGACCAGUCUUAUCAAGAAACUUGUUUCAAGCGAAUUGAUGGCCCUUGGUCGUGGAUCAUGAGUGUUCUACUGAUGACUUCGUCUCUUUUCAUCUUUGGUUGUGCUUCAACUUAUGGAAUACUGUUUCCUAACAUACUAAAAGACUUCAAAUCAACUCGAGCUCUUACAGCUGCUCCUGGUUCAAUAGCUGUAGCCAACAUUGGGCUUCUGGGCCCAGUUAUAGGAAAACUAUGCGAUCAUUUUGGAUCUCGGAAAAUCUUAUUGCUGGGAAGUCUGGUAUCUGCAAGUGGACUUGUUGCUUCUUCGUUUGUACCAACUAUUGGUUUUUUAAUUGUAACAUUUGGAAUAGUUUUAGGCUCAGCAGUGGGCCUUGUUUACUUUAGCACAAUGGUUGCUGUUCCAGUGUAUUUCGACAAAUAUAAAUUUGAAGCAACAUCGCUAGUAUCAGUGGGGUGCGGGUCKUMYCUCUUGGYUAUGACYCCUAUUGUACAAAAUUUAAACCAAGCUUUGGACUGGAGAGGGUCGAUGCUCGCCAUGGCUGGAUUYUCWUUUAUUCCUUUCGCAGUAUCUCUUCUGAUGCGCUCGAAGACUCAAUUGGAGACUAUCGARCAGAUUAGAGAAAAUCGAACAUGUGAUCGGAAUGUUUCAUCGUGUSGUUUAGGCGAAUUGGUUUAUUGCUCUGCCUUUAAAAUUAAGAUUUUUCUAUUGGUGACAACUUUGGCUACGGUGAUUGGCACGGGUCAUAGCAUGUCCUUAGUUCAUCUGAUCGAUCACUAUGGGUCGUCAAAACUAAUAACUCAGUUUAAAAUGGCCAUUGAUGACAUCAAAGAGAAUAUUUCAUCAAGAUCUUCAGAGAUCUUUGAUAACCUAGUACAAGCCCAAGGCGACCGGCCUUAUGAAGAAACCGGCUUUAGGCGAAUUGACGGCCCUUGGUCUUGGAUCAUGAGUGUUCUACUGCURAUGUCGUCCCUUUUCACCUACGGUUGUGCUUCGACUUAYGGAAUCCUGUUUCCAAAGAUACUUAAAGACUUAAAAUCAACACGAGCUCUUACAGGUUUUAUAGCAGACGUAAGUGGAUCAUACAACAAUGCCUUCUACACUGCUGGCUCGCUAGAAGUCUUUGCUGGAUGUCUGUAUAUUUUGACUCGUUGUAUUCCAUCAUCAAAUAGAGAAGUUAUUUUGGAUGACACUUUAGAUACACAACUUGUAGUAGUUGAGAAAGAAACCGUACUUUAG